AUGUCCAAAAGAAAAACUGUAGUGAAAGAUAUUAUUUAUGAAUUAGACAAUGAUGACAUAGAAAUCAGUAGUGAAGAUGAAGCUAAGGAAAACAAAAAAAUACGUUUAGAUAUAAACGCUACUUCCGAAUUGACUGAAAGUCAGUCUUCAAACGUAAUAGAAGUUAAUAAUUCUAUAAAUAGUUUGUGUAAUACCGAGACUGAUAGUCCUUAUCAAAAUGGAGGGAAAAAUUCCCCUGAUAUUGUGUUAAUUGAAAACAGUAAAAACCUUAAAGAUGUUGAUGAACUUGACUCUUUGAAUGUUACUUCAGUUAAUAGGCAUCAGAAAAAUUGUACUAAUUGCCCUGAAACAAUAAUUUUUAAUGAGGACAUCGCUAUUGACUCUCCGGGGUCUCAUAAUGAUUUGGCGGUAAUUGGAUGCGAGAACAGGGCUCCACUCAUAACGGUGCGCUUUAGAGACAGUCAGCUAGCUAAUAAAUUCAAAGAGAAAAUAAAAAUAUUUAUUGUUGAUCUACUUAAAUUACAUGAGCAUGAAGCAGAUAUUGAUUUGGGAAAUGACUCUGACUUGGAUCUUGAUGUAUGGCCCGAAGACAUAAAAGACGAAAAUCCUCAGAAUCAGGAGGAUGAAAAGUUUGAGAUACAGGAGGUUAGAGAGCCAAACCGACCAGAGGUUGAGACUUCUGAUGACUUGUUUUUUGUUGAUACAGAUCCUCAUGAUGAUUUAAAACAUGAAGUACCAAAAUAUACGCAAGUUUCAUCUGUUAUUUCAAACUUGGAUGAAAAAGAACCAGAGUCUUCAAUGGUCACACGCAGAGGUCCUAUAUGCUUCAACUGUGAUGGAGAUCAUUAUCUGAGAGACUGUCAGUUACCAAGAAACAAUACAAGAAUUGCUGAGAAACGAAAAAAUGUUACAUCAAAUAAACUAGGGAGGUAUCAUGUAGAAGAUGAACAGAAGUAUGGCCAUCUUAUUCCUGGCAGAAUAUCUAAUCAACUUCGACAUGCGUUGGGCUUAAAAAGACAUGAGUUACCACUUCAUAUAUAUCGCAUGAGAAUGCUAGGCUACCCUCCUGGCUGGUUAGAGGAAGCCAGAAUAUCUCAUUCAGGGAUAACUAUGUUUGAUUCACUUGGCAAUGCUAUUUUGGAUGAAGAUGAAGAUGAGGGUGAGAUAUGUGAAGUGGGCUCUAAAGACAAGUUUGAUAUUAAGAAGAUCCUUGAUUUUCCUGGUUUCAAUGUGCCAGCCAGUUCAAGAUAUAAAGAGGAAGGUGAUAUUCUAGGUAUGCCACCAAUGUCAGAACAAGACAGCAAGAUGUUAAUGCUCCAGACUUUGGCACCUAAUGCCAUGAAAGCGUACAAACGAAAGAAGUUAACAUUCUUUCCUUCCAGUACACCAAACAACACUACACAAGAUAGUAUAGCAGAGAUGGAGUUGGAUAGCGGAGAUGAAGUGGCAGAGUUUCCGUCGGUACCACCACUACCAGAUGAAGCGCCACCUCCCCCACCACCGCCCCCUAAAUCCCCACCACCUCAAUCGCCAAAAUCUGUAGAUUCAAUAUGUAUUAAAAACUCAGAAGACAAGGAAAAGAUAUUGGAUGAUAAGUCAAGAGUUAACCAGAAGGAAAAGUCUAAUCCCAAGAAAAUAAACAAUGACCAGGCAAAUGAUGAUGUGGAGGUGAUCUCGGUGAUGAAGGUGACAGACAUACCUGUACCGGAAGAAGAUUUAAUCGUUAUUGACGAGGAUAUUGAAAACAUAUCACUGAGUGACAGCUGUAGAAACAGUCCCACCUUGGACGAUUUGGAAGAGAAGAAAAGAAGAUUGCUCGAUGCUCUUGGAGAACGAACGCCGUCAAAAGUUUCUGAUGAUAUUACAGCGAUGGAAACAGAAACUAAUCAUGACAGUGCAGAUGAAAAGCAAGACAAUGAGCUUAACAUCGAAGACAAUAAAAACUUAGAAAAAGUGGAAGAGAACUCGAGUGAAGCUGUAAGUACGACAGAAGCUUCAUCUUCAAAUGUCCGACAAGUAAGUACUGACAUAAACGUUAGUGAGCCAGGGAAUUCAGACCCAGAGACGUCUAAAACAAAAGCGGGGAAUGUUAGAACAACUCUCUAUGGUACACCAGUUUUAAACAUCGCGUCCCCGUACGUUAAAUUACCAAGUGACGAUAAAUUCGCAAAGGACAUAUGUGACGUAAUAAACUUUGAGAAUUUACCAAAUUCGACGGGUAAUUUCAAAAAGAUAAGUAGUUUACUUAAAAAGGUUAAAAGUGAAGUGGACAGAAUCCAGGAAUCAUGA